CUAAACCUCUGAAACCCUAGCUCGUAUUUUAGGGUUGGAUAGUCGUUCGAUUUACUGUUCUAGUAGCGGCUGCAAUCUAACUGCUCCAGGCGGAGGAGCUGUGCAAAGGGGAAAUCUUUCACCAUGAGUAAGUUAGGAAGUGAGGCUGUCAGAGAAGCCAUUACCCAAAUUACAACUGAGGCCAAGGAGAAAAACCGUAAGUUUACAGAGACCAUUGAGCUUCAGAUUGGGUUGAAGAACUAUGACCCCCAAAAAGACAAACGUUUCAGUGGCACGGUAAAGUUGCCACACAUUCCUCGUCCUAAGUUGAAGGUCUGCAUGCUCGGUGAUGCUCAACAUGUUGAAGAGGCACAGAAGAUAGGAUUGGAAUACAUGGAUGUUGAAGGGUUGAAGAAGCUUAACAAAAACAAGAAGUUGGUCAAGAAGCUUGCUAAGAAGCACCAAGCCUUUCUGGCAUCCGAGUCCGUCAUUAAGCAGAUUCCGCGUCUAUUGGGCCCUGGUCUCAACAAAGCAGGAAAAUUCCCGACACUUGUGACACAUCAGGAGUCCUUGGAGUCAAAAGUUAAUGAAAUAAAGGCAACAGUGAAGUUUCAGCUUAAGAAGGUUCUCUGUAUGGGGGUUGCUGUGGGAAAUUGCAGCAUGGAAGAGAAGCAGAUCUUCCAGAAUGUUCAAAUGAGCGUAAACUUUCUCGUUUCAUUAUUGAAGAAAAACUGGCAAAACGUGAGGUGCUUGUACCUGAAGACUACCAUGGGGAAACCAGUACGUGUCUUUUAGUAAAAGCCGAGAUUGAUGAUUUUAGACGACAGUUGUAGGACGACACAUACAUUCGAUAUCAUCUGAUACGAAUGGUUCGAUAUUUUUGCUUUAAACCGAGUCAUCAUUCUUAUCUUAAAUCUGUAUUUUUGGUAGUCAUUAGAUUUGCAGUGUAAUGGAAGAGAAUCUGAAGAUCUUCCAUGCUUGUAAAAUGUUGAAUUUUUGUGCAAAUUUUCUACCAUAUGAAUGUUUGAUGUUUUGUUGGUACAA